AUGGCGUUAGAGAAGCGUUUUGAAACCCAAAAGUACCUGUCCACCCCAGAUCGUAUCGAGGUAGCCGAGGCGCUUGGCUUAACCCAGCUGCAGGUGAAGACUUGGUACCAGAACCGACGGAUGAAGUGGAAGAAACAGGUUUUGAAAGAAGGAAGUACCGCGUCGCCUACAAAGCCCAAAGGACGCCCAAGAAACGACGCAUACACUACGUCGAGUACGUCAUGUACAGCUGAUAGCACGUCCCAUGAAGUAACGUCAAUGAAUGACCUCAUCAAUGUUGAGUCAUGUGGAUCGAUGUUGGGUGACACUAAACUCUCUAGUGGUUUAUCGCCUGAUGACUUUAGUCCUGAAAGUGUGCUUCCUCUGAAAAGUCGGACUUAG